UGGAGGAAGCGAGAAAUGGAGAAGUACUUCGGAAACGCGUACAGAGGAGACCCGGGAGUGCCCCACGCCGACGCUGACCGUUUCGUGAACAUAUGGGUCGGUUCAGCUCUCUUCUGUGCUUUCACCUGGAACAGUCCUUACAUGUGGCAGCUCACUAAUCAAUUCAACUGGCACGAUAGAGCUUUUCUGUUUGAGCAGUAUCACUGGAAGAAAGCAAAGGAGAAAAACCAGCCAUACAAAUUCCAGUGGAAUAAGAUGGACAAAGAGAUCCGAGACUCCUAUUAUUUCAACUGGCCUGUCUUCUUUCCUUAAGCUGUCUUUUCCAUCAAGGACAUAUUUUCAGACAAACUUUCUGAACAAUGUUUUGUUAGCUAAGCAAAACAUAAAACAUAUGCCCCCCUUCCCCUGUUUUUCACCAUUACUUUUCGGUCGAUUUACAAAUUUUAUCUUUAAUUAUUACCUGGAUUAAUGCUUGUUACUGAUAAUGUGGUGUCAUUUAUCUUCUUGUGUGCGCAUUUCUGUUGCAAGACUUUCAACUUAUGAUUAUAUUUCAUGAUUCUGUACUA